CGAAUAUCUGUACCUCUACAUGACUCCGGCGCAUUUCAAUAUGCUAUCCGACAACACCAAGGCCAUCAAGUGCAGUGCCAAAAUUACACCGCACGGCAUUCGCACUCCGUGGAAGACUGGGAGCAGCGUCGUACAACCCGUCAAUUCGGACAUGAUGGUAUACGGCGUGAGCGCAGUGGGCCUUAACCUAUCUCUGGACACUGGCAUGUGCGUUCCCGGUCCCGGAGGCGCAGACAAUGCCAUGUAUACAUCCAACCCCACAGAGCUUAAAGACGCGGACCACAGACACCUCAUUGAAAAGUAUUGGGGCAUGAGCAUGGACGAAAACCUGAUCAUGACAAAGUCGGACAAGAUACCAACGUGUAUGGGUGUUCCACGCCACAACAAGUGCUACGACUUUAUUCACUGUGCCAACUUUGCUCUUCGCACCAACAAGUUUGUCAACGUGUAUCCCUUCAAGAGCCACAUUGGAAUACCCAUCAUCAACUACGAGUACGAGUUUCAAAACGCUUGGAUCAAGACUUGUCCACCGUAUUGCGGCAACAGCAGGACCUAUGUUGCAGCACCGGCCGACAGCCUGACCAAGACGGCCUCUAGCCUGGACAACGACAAGGAGAGCCCUCCAGGUGUUUCCUCGCCAACCAAACUCUCCCCAAACACUGAAGUUACACGGUACACCAACCCAAUCGAACGUGAAUGGGGCCGCCAGGGACUCGGACCUCAUCCCAACUUGCACGCUGCUCAACCUAGUGUGGGUUUCGGCAUGAUGGCCGUAUCUAAAAAGAAUCUGGACCAACCGGGAUCGGGGGACAAGUUUCAAGAAGUUGCUGCCUUUUUCCAGGUCGACACUGAAAUUGUGCUGCACACGGAUAUCGACACGAUUAAUCCCAUGGACGCUUGCUACCCGGCGCAGGAGCAACACUUUGAAAAGACCAACUUUGGCAUGUACGUGCCGUACAACCGGCAGACGCACCUGGGCCACUACACAUACCUUCCCAAGACAUCAUCUCACCUCGUUCCUUUUGAACCGUAAAUUUUUAUUCGGUUCUAGAGCUGCUGAAUA